AGCCGCCGUCUUGGACAGCCCGGUGUCCCAUGGCUACUCAGCGUGCCAGACUUUAUCAUUUAAGAACGGAGGUCGGCAUUCUCCGCGUGCUUGUGCGCACCGUUUUCAAUAGGUUGCCUCCGGAGAGCGGCCUGGGCCGAGUGCGCAAGCUGUGUCGCACCCUUCGGCGUAUUCUGCGGUCGCGACGGCCGUCAGAUCAAUCGCUGGUGGCCCAGGCCGUCGAGGACUGCGAGUUAGCGGCCGCGUACAUAAUGCAGCGAAUGCGAAAGGGCCACCAGCUUGAGACGCUUCUGCUACUCCUCGCUUCCACUGCGCGCGCACGUAGCCUUGUGCAGCGGCUAGUCGAGGAGCGGCAGGGCGAGCAGGGCAGCGUGUCCAAGCUAAAGCGCCUGUACCGCCGCUUGCUCAAGAACGGCUGCAAGAAGCCAGUCUUGUUGAAACGCACGUGCCUCCGUGCACUGCGCUCCGUCCGCGCAGGCCGCAGUAGCGUCGCUAAGGAGGCUCGAAAGAUGCGCUCUGUGUGUGACUGAACCGGCGAGCAGUGUGCGAUGAGAGGGCUCUGAAGCUUGUUCCCCACAACCCUCCAAACUGUUG